AUCCUUGGCAGCAGAGCCAAAAACACAAGCCCCAACCAUCUGCAUUCCUUCAGCAGCAGCCAGACAUCCAUCCAUACAAUUAACACAGCAAGGAAGCAGAGACGCCGGCCUGGCCACCUGGCUGUGCCGCCCGUGUCUCUGUGUUGUGUACUGUGAGCCUUCGUUCCCCUCUCAGCACCGGCAGUCGGCCUCUCGUACGUGACGGAGGGAGGGCUACAACAAGAGUACACACAUGAAGGACCGGCGAGGCAGCUCCGGCGGCGGCGACCGCUUCGCCGUCUUCCCGUUCUCCAUGGGCUGCAUGUCGCAGUCCGCCGUCUCCGUCGCCGACCCCAGCGAGAAGAAGCCGCAGGGCGUCCCCUCUUCCUCCUCCUCGGCCACGGCUCCGAAUUCAGCAGCAGGUUCGUCAGAAGAUGGUGCCGGCGAGACCGUGAAUAAGGAGAAGGCUGCCGUUGCGCCGGCGUCGCCGGGCCUCGUGGCGGCCGGGGUGUCCAGGCUGAUGAAGGGGAUCAAGAGCCUGUCCCUGAUGUUCGCCGGCGACGAGGAGGAGGAGGAGGAGGAGGAGGAGGAGGAGGAGGAGAGGGAGAUGGUGAUCGGGUACCCGACGGACGUGCAGCACGUGGGGCACAUCGGCUGGGACGGCCACAACAAGGUCGGCGCCAUGGGCAUGGUGAACGCCUUCUCCCUGCCCUCCUCCCUCUCCCUCCGCCAGCUCGAGAUGGCCAUGGACCAGGCGGCGAACGCGUCGGCCUGAUCGUCGGCUGCCAGUACACUUGCGAGUUCGAUCAGAGUCUCAUCAGUGCUGCUGGCGGUAGCAGUAAAAAUCCAUUGGUUGGUUAUUAUUAAUUAGCACGGCGAUAUUGAUGAAUUGCAUCCAAAUUAAGAAAAUCCCCAUGUGUUUGUUACUGCUUACUGCUGCUGGUGCCGUAAAAAUCUCUGUCAUCUGGUACAUUACAUGCAUGCCUUUGGAUUUCUUUCUUCAUCUUUUGGCCUGGUGAGCACAUGAGACGAGAAGCAUAUUUGUGUACAUAUGCAUGCCAACUUGUAUAGAUUGUGAGAGUUGCCAUCAUCAUAUCUCCAUCAGCACUGGUGGUGCUUGCUGGAGUGUAUGUCAGUUUGUGCCUGCUGUGACCUCUAUCUGUUUCCCAUUUUGUUUUUUUUUCGCUUUUCUUUUCAAAAAAGAAAGAAAGAAGAAAUGUUCAUGCAUGGCUAGUAUCUUUAUUUGAAUGUGAUGAGCAGAGGAGGAAUUGA